GGUUGUUUCUUUCGUAUUUUCUCGGUAAUUAGUUGCAAAACCGUACAUAUCCGUUUACUUCCUUCACUUCCGACUUUGAAUUUGCAAAGGACGCCAAGUUAAUUUCUUUCUAUACGUUUUUAAUCAAUCAAAAAUGAGUAGUGACAGUGAAGUUGAUUUUCCAAAUCUGAAUAAAGACAUCCUAACUGAUGAGGAAUUUAUGGAUUCUGAUUUAGAUGCAGAUUUAUCUGAAUCAGAUGAGGCAGAAUCUUUUACACCCUCUGCUGAAGAAUGGAGACCUGUUGAUGAUCAUGAUUGUGGUCCCAGGCCAGUUUUAUUUACAGCCCACCCAGGCCCAAAACAUGCACCAGCUCCAGAUGCAAAGCCUGUGGACUAUGUCAACCUUUUUUUGACAGAUGACAUUGUCAAUUUGGUUGUCAACGAAACCAAUAAAUACGCCAGGCAGUUCAUCGAAGAUAACCACGAAAACCUGGAAACCACGCCAAGAUCUCGUGUCCACAAGUGGACACCUAUCUCAAAUGAAGAGUUUAGGGCAUUUUUAGGUGUGACAAUGAACAUGGGAUUAAAUAAAAAGCCCAACUACAACGCAUAUUGGGACUCCUGCAAUCUGAGCCAAGAAACACCUUGGUUCCCUGUUCACAUGAACCGAGAUCGCUAUCAGAUUAUUCUAAAAUUUCUUCACUUCGCUGACAACACGCAGUUACCAGAUAGAAAUGAUAUUGGUUUCAAGCUUUUCAAGGUCCAAGAACUUAUAAAGCAUUUCAAUGCUAAAUUCAAAUACUUUUACCACCCCACUCAAAAUGUCAGCAUUGAUGAAAGUAUGAUUGGGUUCAAAGGAAAAACCCCUCAUAUCUGCCAGUUUAUGCCUAACAAGAGGCAUGCCAGAUUUGGCAUUAAGAUGUGGUGUUUGUCAGACAGUGCUAAUGGCUAUCUUUGCCAGUUUGAAAUAUAUGAGGGCAGUCAAGGAAGAAGAAUCGGCAAUGGCAGGUCAUAUACACAUGAGCUUAUUAUUAGGCUUAUGACUGCAGCCGGUCUGUUAAACAGAGGACACCAUUUGGGGAUAGACAAUUUUUUUACCUCCAUUGAAUUAUUGGAAGAACUUUUCACUGAAAACACUACAGCUACAGGAACUGUUAGAUCUAACAGAAAAGGGCUACCAGAUGUUUGUGUCAAAACAAAAUUGAAAAACAAGGAGCUCAUCGCAGCCAGAAAAGGUAAUCUGCUUUGCUUGGCUUACCAGGAUAAAAGCAGAAAGCCAAUCUUGCUGUCUACUGCUAGUAAAGCUGGUCUCAUUGAUACAGUAAACAACAGGAAACAACCUGUAACAAGACCUGCUGUGAUUCAUGCCUAUAACCAGGCCAUGGGUGGUGUUGACUUGGGCGACGAAAAACUUUACAUGUAUAUGGCUGAGCGCCGAAGCUUGAAAUGGACAAAUAAAGUUUUUUUUCCCUAUUUGGAAGAGCUAUUCUAAAUAGCUAUAUAAUAUACCAUAGCAACACAUCAGACAGACCAAAGCUCUCAAGGUACAAUUUCAUCGUGUCUGCACUAGAGAGCAUGACAUCAAACUUUGUACCCUAAAAAGUGAUACGUAGAAAACGCACUAGAACAGAGAUGGAGGCUGCAAGAAUGGGUCCAACACCACUAACCCAGACUGUAGCAGGUCAUCCACUUGAUGGACAUGAUCUUAGCAAACUGCCAGUGGGGAAAAAACAACAGUGUGUUGCUGGUCAUCCAACUCGUGUCAGAACUGGGUGGGAGUGCACAGGAUGCAAAGUUGGACUGUGUCCAGUGUUUUGCUAAAUAUCACAGACAGUUGUAAAUAAUCAUUCUUUCUACUUUUACAACUCUUGUAUAUAUGUGUGUAUAUAUAUUUUUCUUAAAAUUUUCUAAAUGUGGUGGUUUUUUUCAAGUUUUAUUAGUUGUGAUUCUCACGGAUUAAAUUUUUAUUGUGCUUUUUUAAAAAAUGGUUUGUAUUUUUUUUUAAAUAAUUUUUUAUUUUUUUAUAAAUAUAUGUUAAUUGUCUGGACUUAAUUAAAUUCCUUAUUCAAUUAGCUUUUCAAAAAUGUAUAGGUUCAAUAGGCUACUAUGCAUAGUUUAGCUACUAAAAGAAAAAUAAGCAAGUGGGUAUCCAAUGUUUGUAAACACAAGAAUUUUAAUCCCACUUUUCAAUGCACUCUCUAUAAAAUAGCUGAGCACUUGAAGGGUUAACUGAUGGCUUCUUCAGGCUAUUUCAAGAUUGAAAUGAUGUUUUUAUUCAAACAAAAUGAUUUGUAUUUUUAUUUAUUAAGAAAUUAAUUUGUUCUGAUUUUUUAUACUAAGUUCUAUUUUUUUUUCAUAGUAAGAAACUAGCACAUAGAAAGGAUCUGACAUAUAAAUUCAUCAUACUCUGUGUUGCCCCCCCGAGGAAAGGAUAAUGAUGACAUUCUAGGUAGUUCAGCACGCAAAGAUAUUUAAAGAAAUUAAACAUUGUAUGCAAUUAUUAAUGACAAAUGAAAAGUAGUUGAUAAAACAAGCCAAUUGCUUUAUUUACUAACAAAUGAAGGAAAUAGGGAAAAAUUACUUAGCUAUAUUUAAACAGUCAGUGUAACAAUGAAGUUUUCAAUUUCUUAUCUUGUUUUACACAAAAAUAACUCAAGGAUAUAAAAAGUAAACAUCAUCAAUACAAAUACAUAAACAUGUUCAAAAUGCAAGCCAGUCAACAAACAAAACUUCAACUUCAGCAUGUCAAAAACUAAAAAUGUCUAAAUCAGACUACAUCAUAAUGCCAUGGUAUAGCAGAAGAGGAAUUUAAAUGGAAUGUGAUGAGUUGGAUAGUUCGAUUCUGUUUGAGAAUUGCCUUAAGAUUUGAGAACAUUUAUGAAUGUUUGAG